AGUAUAUUAGUUUCGUUUAUGAAACUCGAUAUUAUUACGUAAAAGAGAAUAUCUUUUGAUCAUUGCGGCGAGCCAAUGUGACUAAAGUUCUAUACCUGAUCGGUAUUCACUAUAAUUUCCUUCACAUUGUUUAUUAUAAAAAUUACCGUCACGAUAAAAUUACGAAACACGAGAAUCUAUUGUUUUCUGGAAUAAUAUCUACGGGAUAUUCACGACAAUAUGGGCGAACGAUUCCCACCAUUCUAUUAUUUCUAUUGACUCGGUGUGCAUCACGAAUUUGCAUCAAUCGUUUGUCUGCAAUAUAAUUUUGUAAUAAAAAUGUCACGCGCGACGAAAAAAUUUCACAUUCGUUCGAAAAGAUAAAACGAAGUGAUAAUGUGUCGAAAUUUGUGUCGAAAAUGUUUGGUGCAAACGGUGAAAAUGUAUAUUUAUGCACCGUGAACGGAAGGCUUAUAUAAGCAACGUUGGUUUAAAUGCUUAAAAAUAAUAUACUCGUUCGAUAUUUAGAUGCAAUUUAUUCAGAUAUUGUCACCGUUUAUGAAGAUUAUUAAUCAAGAAGCAUGAAGAGGAUUAAAAAAUGCCAUAAUAUUCAAUUCUCAUUUUAUAUAACAUUUGAUAAUAUGUUUAUUUAAAAAAAAUGAUACAUUAUAAUUAUACAUUAAAUAAGAGGACAAAUAUCGAUCUCCGCUUUGAAUCGAUUGAAAAAUUUUUAUCGUCUCGGAAGAUCGCAUGAUGAAUAAAAAAUUAUUGCUUUCAAGAACAAUUUAACACUUCGAAUCAUGGUUUGAUAUGGCAAACACGUUUUAAAAUUUAUCACCCGUUAUAUUUCACCUUAUAAUAUGUGAAAAACUAAUCGCCCGAUAUAAUAGUUUUCAUAUAUGUUUACAUACAAAUCGUACGAUAAGGAUAGCUUCUGUUCACGCGUGUAUCAGUAAAGUUCGAAUUGACACUGGUUUGACUCAUUGCUAACAGGAAAUCCAUAUCGCGAAAUCCCGGGUCAUCGAGUUAUCGCGAGAAAACCUACUCCCGCAAAUACGUCACCGGCCGCAUCAAUAAGAAUUGAUUGCCCGCUAUCGCAAUAUUUAUUUAGGCCGUAUCGAAAACAAACAUCGACAUACAUCACAUUGGUUGAAACCGUGUUAUAACCGUGGAGGAAAAAUCGUGGUAUGGGUCAGUGCAUGCCCGAUUGCAGAAUCCAUUGUUGCUCGCGAUCGUUCAUCGAAGAAAUUCCAUUAAACUAGUACGCGCGUAUAAAUUAUAUAUACGUUUCCAUCGAUAUUAAGUUUAAUUUCAUUUAUCAGUUUUUACUUAAGUGAAGUUUGCGUCGAAUUUUCUACUUUCGUGCCGAUGAUUCAACGCGUUGAAAUUUUUUGACUCGCGAAUACGUGUGCGAGAUUCUUGCUUGUGAAAAUGGAUCAUGAGUACGGUUCUCCAACAACCGAUUACCAAUAAUAAUAAUAAUAAUUUCGAGAUAAAAGCGAAAGAUUGAUAUGUUUGAAAACAAUAAUUCGUUACGAUAUAGUAUCAAUAGUUAUCGACUUGUUUAUAGAAGAGGAUGAGUGUGAAGAUCAAGAUUUAAAUCGGCGAUAUUCUCGUUUAUUCAAAAGUCAGAAGAGAAAUUGCAUCAAAAGAUAGGUCCACGAUGUUCUGUUUGAGAGGAGAGACGAAAGGCGAUACGAAGUUUAAAGAGAUAUUAAAGCAGGAUGAUUUCGGAUGGUGGUUGAGCGACGAAGAUGAUCUAAAAUCGCCCACAUCCGCCAGUAGCAAGGACCGUUUAUCCUUGGGAUCGUCUGAAUCGAUGUUCUCUUGCAUAGACUCGGACGACACUGAAAAUUAUUUUCUCGCCCAAGAGUUCAAACAGGAAUGCAAGGAAUGUAAUUACGAAAAAAUAGAGCUUACAUCGUUGAUUCACGAAAAUUUGGAUCUGAAUCUUAUCGAACAGGAUGCGAUAAAAAAAGAAUCUGACGUCACGCCAUUUCUAAUGGAAGAUGAAAGAUACUCGAACGAUUCGAAAUCAAAGUCGGAAGCGUUACACGGCAUGUGUUACACCCCGGAAAGAUUGGUCAGAUCUCAGGAGUAUCGAAUAUUGACGCCAUCGCCUCGCUACUUGUCCAUCUCUCAGCCAAAAAUCGUGCAAGAAAAGGAAAAUUUACGGAAAGGGUUUUGCUGCCGGCGGCAAUUGAACUGUUUUAUCGAUUCGAAGCAACCUGCGAUGCAACUGAAAUCUUUCGCGGAGAACAGGCCAAAGGAAGGAAUUGCAUCGACGAUCGGUUUGCAUAGUUGGAAGGACAACAAGCGGAUCUACAAUGACGAUAUCGGGACGAAGAAUAACGAAAAUGAAACGAAAAUGGAAGACGUAUCUGAUUAUAAUAAAUCGUGCAGCUUGCAAACACCAGACUCGAUCAGCAAGAGAUCCAGUUACGACAAAUUGAACAUCACGUGGGAAGAUUGUGGAAAGAUGGGGACACGGAGUUCUUCGUUGGACACUUCCGGUAUCCAGAGCAACGACUGGAGCUCGGACACGCACAGCGACCUGCAAAACACUUUUCUGUGCCUCAGUGAUGAGUUGGCGACGACUGACUACAAGCUAGAUAACUCGCAGGAACGAUGUACUGCCAUCAAUGAAGUAGUAUCAAUUCUCGAAGAACUUGACAUAAAUCCUGAGAAAGCUACCAUUCUUCUUGAGGAAGAUCGUUUUUGCGACAGCACGUCUACGCACGAUCAAUUAACCAGGCUGGCCCUGACGACUGAAACGGACGCUAAUGUGCUGGAAGUCCUCGAAAAUCCAGAACAUUUAGUAAAACAUCUUCAAAAUAAGAUUAAAAAACUUCAAAUUAACAACAAAGAUAUCUAUAGAGAUAUAUUUAAUCUUCGAGAAAGCUUUCAAUGUGAUGAACAGAGAAUAACGGAUAUCUUGUCUGAUACAAAUAAACUACGACAGGAUGUACAUGAGCUGCGAUACCUCGACGAUCUUUUAAAACUUUUACGAGGGGAAUUGGAAAGGAUUUCAAAAAGAAAUUGGCCAUUUGUUAUUGGACAUACAAAUCAUUCGGAAGAAAUGAAUCUCAUCGUGUGAAUAAUAUAAAUCCCUUCCAUUGCUAGAAUUUAAUGGAAGUUUUUUUUCCAAGAUUAUCCGUAACAUCAAUAUUUUGUUACUUAAAAUUAAUUUAUUUAAAGAGAGACACGGUUAAGUAUUUUUAUAAUAUACAACGCCAAAAGCGUUUCACUGCCAUUGUUAAUUAUAAAAUAUGUAUUACAAGUUGGUUCUGCAAAUUUUUCUGUAAUGUUGUCCAAAGUCAAACGAUUGUGAUGAGUGCAUGAAAUUUCAAUUGUUUGCGCAAACAAAAAUUGCAUUUAAGUUUUCAAUAUAUAUAACAUUAUUUAUUUAGAUAGAUUUUUUUUUCUUAUUGAAAAAUUUAUUUAAGAAAUGUACAAUAUAUUUUUAUAUGUAUACAAUCGAUAAUAAUUUUUCUUUUCUAAUUUUGUGAUUUAAUAAGAUGUACAAAUUCUUCAUAUUUGUUGCUAUUAAAUGAACUGUUACCAGUAUUAAUAUUAGUAUUUAAUCGCACGAUAUACCGUAAGCAAAUAGAACAAAUAGUUAAUGUAUAUCGGAUAUUAAUUUCAGAUUUUGAUCUUAUGAUUUUUUCUAAUGUUAAUUUCAAUGAACAUUUAUGUAAAAUUAUUUCCCAUAAUUGUUAUAAAUAUUUGCAAUUAUUAAUUUUAGACAAUAAUUUAACAAAAUGAACAAUUAAAUUAAUUAUCAAAAUUUUUAUAUUUAAAUAAAUAUUUAUUAUUGCAUUUGAAAUUGAAAUUUGGAUGAGAGAGUUGGAAGGAAAGAGAGAAAAAGAAAAACAAUGCGAAUUCGUACAUGUAUAUUAAAUAUUUCAAUUCUAGUUACGUUUUUCGUUUAUAAAAUUUUGAAAUUACAUAUAAUCGUCAAUACAAAUUUUAAGAAUAGAUAAAAA